AUGUCACAGAUCAUCGGCUCCCCCGUGGAUAAGCUCCCUCCUCAACCACACCCCGAAACAAUGAAAGCCUGGCUCUAUUCAAGUACAUCCGGUGGGCUAGAAAAUAAUCUCCAGCUUGAUAAGACAGCCCGCACUCCGCCAGUACCGCAAGGUUCACAAAUUCUCGUUCAUGUCCUCGCCGCAUCACUCAACCCAGCAGACUUCAAAGUCCCGGAAUUGGGUCUCCCCGCGCGACUCUAUAUUGGUACCCCCGCAUCUCCUGGGAUGGACUUCUGCGGCCGGGUUGUCAAGGCCGGACCGCUUGCGCAACAUAUUCCCGAAGGACAGCUCGUCUUUGGCUCCGCUGCCCGUCCCUUGAAAUUUGGUUCGCUGGCGGAGUACAUGAUUGUCUCGACGGAUCAAGUUGCCGUCGUGCCCGAGGGUGUCGACAUUGAGUCUGCAGCUGCAGUGGGAAUCGCCGGUCAAACGGCGUUCCAGAGUCUGGAGGGCUAUGUCCAGGCGGGCGACAAGGUCUUGAUCAAUGGUGGAUCCGGAGGGUGUGGAAUCUUUGCGAUUCAGAUUGCGAAACAGAUGGGCUGCCACGUCACUGCUGUCUGUUCGACGCGGAAUAUGGAGCUUUGCCUACGACUUGGGGCAGAUGAGGUGAUCGACUACACAAAAGAGAAAGAUCUGACGGGGACAUUGGUAGCACGAGGAACGAUCUUCGACCAUAUCCUGGACCACGUGGGAACACCGGCGGAUAUGUACUAUCAAUGCCAUCGAUUUCUGAAAGAAGGUGGAGUUUUUAUCCAGGUGGGAUCAUCGACUAUCGUGACACAGGCUGGGCGCUUGGCUUGGCCGUCCUUCUUGGGAGGUGGAAGGCGCAGAUACGUGGUUUUGAUGUAUAAACCUUGCCCGAGGCAGCUUCAUCAACUAGGCGAAUGGAUGCAGGAAGGGUCAGUGACGGUACAGAAGGACAGUGUCUUCGAGUUUGAAGAAGUCGUCAAGGCAUUUGCGAAGCUCCGCUCUGGACGCGCAAGGGGCAAGAUUGUCGUGCGUGUGGGCAAGGAUCAGCGCAAUAACCUCGAAUCUUUUGGGAUCGGGAUGUAA